AUGUCCUCGGGGAUCAGGCCUCCCGGCGACCCCGUUUUGGACCUCCCAUGGUUCCUCUACGCUGACCCCUCGCCCUCGCCAACGCUCGCCCUCGCCGCGCUCAUGACUGCGCUGCAUGCACACCUGCACACGUCGAUCGCCGCGGAUGACUACAACGCCGCACUGAGCCACUCCGCGCGGGACCCGGAGGGCAUGCUCGAAAUCUGUCGGACCGACGACCUGACGGACCGCGGGAUGCUGUGGGGGCUGCGGCAGGUCUCGAGCGGGGAGGGCGAGGAGGGCGCGCACGUCAUCACAUCGAAUGCACAGGUCUUGACGAUUACUCGAUAG